AGUUAUCAGUUGACUAAAGCACUUUGAAUUGCUUGUGCGCGCUAACUUCGUCUGUACUUAAAAUAAACUAAACAAAUCCUAAACAUAAAAAUGGCUUUCUUCAAAUCCUUGGUAUGCUUGGCUGUAUUAGGUGUUGCCUCCGCUGGUGUUUUACACCAUGGCGGACAUGGCCCUGCUUUGUAUGCUGCUGCACCAGCAGUCUAUGCAGCACAUGGUCAUGAUGAAGGAUUGGACUAUCAUUCCUAUCCUAAAUACCACUACAACUACGGUGUAGCUGACUCUCAUACCGGUGAUGUUAAGUCACAACACGAAGUCCGCGAUGGUGAUGUAGUCAAAGGCUCAUACUCCUUGGUUGAACCUGAUGGUUCAGUGCGCACCGUUGAAUACACUGCCGAUGACCACAAUGGUUUCAAUGCUGUUGUCUCCAAGAGUGCACCAACCAUCCAUCAUGCCGCACCAGCCUAUCAUGCUGCUCCAGCACUUGUUGCUCACGCUGCACCAGUCGCCUAUGCUGCACACACCGCACAUGCCGGUCCAGUUGUUGCCGCACAUGUAGCCGCCGCCCCAGCUGUGCCAUAUGCCUCAGUUGCGCAUCAUGCCGCCUAUGCCGGUCAUGGUCAUGGUCUUGGCCACUACUAAACUGCCACAAAAUCUAUUCUUAAAUUAUUUAAACUCUAAUUAAAUAAAAACAAAAAGUAGAAAAAAAACUAAAAAAAAGCAACAACGAGGACGAAUUAAACGACGACUUUAAACACACAAAACUAGUGAAAGAGUAGCAGGCGUGCAAUGCAAUUAAAUUGUCAAUGGAUCCAUGUCUAAAGAAGAAAUCGAUUGGAGAAAUUAGUGAAACGAUUUUGUGCAGUAAAAGUGAAUUAAGUCAUUUGUAUCUGUUGAACUAGUUAAAGUAGCCUGUAUUAUAUUUUCUUCCUCUCCACUGCCGAACUAUGUAACUUUUGUAUAUAAUUUAAAUAAUUUAAAGCUAGAUCUCUUCUAUAAACUAAUAAGAUCCUUUCAAAUCCUACUUCCAUAAUCUGACUAUUCACAGUCACUCUAACUAAUAAUCAAGUCCUGAAAGUCCUUUUUUUAUUGAAGUGUUUAUGUUCCAGUAUUUACUUUAACUACACUUUUUAGUAUUCAAUGCAAUUUUAUUGCAACACUGCCACGCGUCUCUUGUCUGUAUUUGCCACAUAAAUACAAAACUUAUACUCACAAUGUACCUUUUAGAAUACUCUUUCUCUCUUCUCACUCUUCUACUCGCCCACUUGCAUCGCCUAUCUCAUACAUUUGAAAGAAUAUUUUUAAUAUUUUGCAUGUGUUGUAAGAAAUACGACCGCCCAUUAACUUGCCACACCCAUUUACAUACCGAUUGCGAAUUGUUGAUGGUCUUGAAAAAAAAA